ACCUGUGUAUUGUCCUACGAAUUGGGAAGCAUCAUAGUCCAUCAGUAUCCAAGAGCUGCUCUGUUUACGGAAUACCGCGUGGGUAGGGUUCGGUUGGGUUGGGUGUGCAGUCUAUACUUCAAUAACUAUAAGCGGAUUAUCGUUGCUGAGAGAGAGAGAGAGAUGGCGGGGGGAGACGGGGAGGAGGAGUUAGGCCAUUCUGCGGCUCCGGUGAGAUUGAUGAAUUUUGUAUCUGAAGAGCAGUUAGAAGAGGCUAGGAGAUCCCGUGGCGCUCGGGUUGAGGACGGAACUGCCCAAAGAGAUAGGUCCCUGUACGAGAUUUUAAAGGAGAACAAGGACAAGAAAGAUGCUGAAUUCAACGAACGCUUCAAGCACAGACCCCCCAAAGCACUGGAUGAGGAUGAAACUGAGUUUUUAGAUAAACUUGAGGCGUCGAGGCAAGAAUAUGAACGACAACUGGUUGAUGAAGAAGCAAAGCAGCUGCGAAGUUUUCAGGCUGCAGUUGCUGCACAGUCUAUCACUGUACAUGAGCUCAAGGAGAUAUCUCCUAAAAUUCAGGAACAAAGAAGUGGUGGGAGGAAAAAUCCUCCAGCCAAGCCCUUGGGAAUGUUGAUAAAAGUUAAGCCACAAGUGAAGAAAGCUAAGGUAGAUGAUGCAAAUUCUGAAGCAUCUUUGAUGGCUAGGACAACGUCUUAUGGUAAUGCAAAAGAGUCUUGUCACACACAGGAGUCCCAUGGAUACAUGAAAACAGGAAUGACUGAAGGUGAUGAUGACAAGUCUGGUUCUGUUGCAAAUGGUAGUUUAGUUCAAUACAGUGAUGAAAGCGAUGAUGAAUAGUUAGUUAGGUGUGCUUAUAUAGGUGUGCUUAUAUUUGUACUUGGCUUGUUGAGAUGAAUUUUCAUAAUCUUAAUUGACGACCGACGACGCAUCAUCGAUGAUAUGUAUUGUGGUUUUAGGCUUUUAGCUCUAGCCCAAUAGCCUUUCCUGGAAGAAGGUAUUUGUUACUUGGUGUUUUAGGCUUUUAGCUCUAGCCCAAUAGCCUUUCCUGGAAGAAGGUAUUUGUUACUUGGGUCUCACCAGAGAAUAUUAUCUCGGGCUCGCAAAGCGCGUUUUUCUCAGAUAGAUUAAUCACUGACAACCUAUUGAUUGCUUUUGAGGUGGGUCACUACCUAAGGAAAAAACAGCUGGGUCAUGUGGGGUGGGUUGUUCUUGGAUAUGGCCAAGACUUAUGAUCGUAUGGAAUGACAUUUUUUAAGAAGGAUGAUGUAGGGGCUGGGUUUUGAGGAGAAGUGGAUAGACUUGGUUAUGAUGUGUGUCACUAUUGUGAGAGACAAGGUUUUGGUAAA